AUGCAUAUCCCAACCAUCAUCGCGACCCUCCUCACCUCCGCCUUCGCCAUACCGGCCCCCGCCACCAGCCCGAACAACCACAUCACCAUCUCUUUCCCAACAGAGAACGACGACGCUAGCAUCCAAGCCCGUCAGGAGCGCUGCGAUGUCGACGUCUGCCAGAGACUUUGGGACGACUGCUGGAACGGCUGUGUUUCGCUCGAGACCGGCGAAUGUUUCACGGCGCAGUCCAGCCCUGCCUGCGAGACAUGCGAGGUGAGGAUCACUGGCUGUUAG